AUGGCCCCGCAGAGCGACCGCGCCCCGGGCGCCGGGCAACCCUACUUCGGCGGCCCCGACACCGCCGCAUCCCCGGGCGCGGGCGGCUCUCCGGGCGCGGGCAGCCGGGGCGCGUCGCCCGCCCGCAGCGCGCUGCCCCCGCGGGAGGUGGCCCGCAGGAAGGGGCUGGGGAAGGCGCGGCGUGGCCGCGGGAAGGCGCGCGGAGAGGGGCCGCUCAGCAAGCAGAAACGAAGCCGGCGCAUGAAAGCCAACGACCGGGAGAGGAACCGCAUGCACCACCUCAACUCCGCCCUGGACGCGCUCCGCAGCGUCCUUCCCACCUUCCCCGACGACGCCAAGCUCACCAAGAUCGAGACUCUCCGCUUCGCGCACAACUACAUCUGGGCGCUCACACAGAGCCUGCUUCUGGCCGAGCAGGGUUUGCCCGAGCCUCCCCCGCCGCCGCCCCCUGCCGCCGUCGCCGCCGCCGCCUCCUCCGGGCCCUGGAGUUCGCCCUGCCCCGCUGCCCCGCCGCCCGCCGCUUUCCCUGCCUUUCUCUGA